UAAUUUUUGUUAAAAAAACUCAAAAUUUUACUUAAAAAUAAAAUCCAAUCGCAUCAAGAUUUUUCCACAAUUGUCUGCAUUUUAAUGGUUUUCUAACUCACUGCAAGCAACCGCAAUCGCGAGUCCGCGACUUCAACCGAAAUUUAAAAUCAUGAUAAUGAUGAUAAUAGCAAGAAGAAGAAUCUCUUUCUCUCAGUACUGAUAAUCAUGGAAGCACUUUUCAAAUGAUCAAAUCAAAUUCUCUGUUCACGUUCACAUCUUUUAUAAGCCGUUCCAUCUUUUGCUUUCUCCUGGGACUGCACCCUUCACCACAAGUCACAAGUUGACUUGUGAGAAUGUCCACUCCAGCAAGGAAGAGACUCAUGAGAGAUUUCAAAAGAUUGCAACUAGAUCCUCCUGCUGGCAUCAGUGGGGCUCCCCAAGACAAUAAUAUUAUGCUUUGGAAUGCAGUUAUCUUUGGACCAGAUGACACCCCUUGGGAUGGAGGCACAUUUAAGCUAACACUUCAGUUCAUUGAGGAUUAUCCUAAUAAACCACCAGCAGUGCGCUUUGUUUCUCAAAUGUUUCAUCCAAACAUUUAUGCAGAUGGAAGCAUAUGUUUGGACAUUUUACAAAAUCAAUGGAGUCCGAUUUAUGAUGUUGCUGCAAUACUUACCUCAAUUCAGAGCUUGCUUUGUGAUCCAAACCCAAACUCUCCAGCAAAUUCAGAAGCUGCUCGGAUAUUUAGUGAAAACAAACGUGAAUACAACAGAAGAGUACGAGACAUUGUUGAGCAGAGUUGGACUGCUGAUUAAUUAUCUUGGAGCCUCUAUUGCUGUUAAAAGGUUGUCAAAGGAUCUGAUUGAAUAACAAUAUAAGUACUUAAAAGAACAAUUGUGUUUUGUAACCCUUGACAAUGUGUUUGUUCAAACUUAUAUGAAUGGACAUUCCACCCUAUGAUCUCUAUGUUGUGCAGAA